AUGGCGCUUCUGAGGCUCCUCCUGGGAAUGGCUCUGCUCGUGGCAGCAGCGGCUCAGGGCACGCCCCCCCACUCGAUCGUGGUGAACGGCGUCACGCAGUCGUGGCAGACCGUCGGCGGCGUAACGCAGUACUCGUUCAGCACUGCGGACGGUUACCUCUGCCAGACGGACCCCAACAUGCAGUGGGGCUGCCUGCUCAACGGCGUCAUCGUGCUGGAAAUCCCGGUGGCCAUUCUUCCCAUCAGUGGGCUGGUCUGCAUUCCGUUCGGCGCGCCCACCCCCGCUCCCACCUCUCCGGCUCCGGUCACUUCCACCCCGGUCCCUUCCUCCGACGUCCCUACAGAAACGCCCAGUACACCGGUACCAACCGUUCCAACCCCGCCCAAUACCCCCAACCCCAGUAGCAGUGAGCCAAUCACACCUGGGCCCAGUACCGUUUUCCCGGUGCCCCCAUCGUCGCCCGGUUUGACACUGCCCCCGGUUUCCAUCGACGGCUCGACCGCGGUCUCGGUUGGGGGUGUGGUCAUCGGGCCGCACUCCCCUUGA